GCAGAUGGCAGUUGGCCCGUGAUUCUUGUCGAGCCCCUUGGCCAGGAGCAGAGCACACAAUCGUUUCAAUCCAAAUUUCAAUCUCACUCCCUGCCUCCUCCUUUCCUCUUCAUCGCUGCUGUUCGAUAUUCGCUCUCUUUUGCUCUCUGACGACCUCUCUCUCCACUGCUUGCGUUUCCAUUCGGUCAUAACUCCACAGCCCCGGCCAUUUUCUCGUUGUUCUCGACAGAUCCCCCGAUUGGACGACGGCCCUCGGAUCCAUUGGUUCGACCCCACGAGAUACCUACCAAAACCACAUUCCCAGGCUCUGUGGACAUUCCCUCCGUCCUCCUCCCAGUCACCUCUGGACAUAACCAGCCCCCAUAUAUAUUCCCUCGAUAACCGCUUGAAACUCUCUCGACAUCUUAUCUGAUGAACCGAUUCCCUCCACCCCGCCGUGGUCCGUCGUGAUAUUCUCCCAUCUGGCCCACGUUGCUAGCCCUUCAGCAUGCGGUGGCGGCUGCCUGGUGCCCGGUCGACCCUUCCCGCCAGCGUCGCACUCCUUCUGAUCCCUGUUCUUGUCGCUCCGCAGCAGCUGCAUGAACACCACGAUGUUCCCUCCGCCGUAUCCGUCCCCCUAAGACCGACGGGUCACGUUCCCGUAUACCAUUCCCCUCCCUCCGCGUUGAACGUGAAGUCCAACGAUGCGAGCGCCCUAGCAACCCUGGCUCUGGCGGGCUCCGGCCGCGCCGUUCGAGCCCCUCCCGCCCAGGCCAGCAGUGCCUCUGCCGGCCUUGCACCGCAGCUGCAUGCGCGGUCGCUUCAGGACUGGGAGGUUGAGGACUUUGUUCUGCUGGCGACCGUCGAUGGUACCAUUCACGCUCGAGACCGCAAAACUGGAGCUCCCCGCUGGGCCCUCGAGGUUCCCAGUAGCCCCAUGGUCGAGAGCAUAUACCAUCGAGCGAAUCGCUCGAGCUUUGACAGUACUCAACCUGAAGAUGAUUUCAUCUGGAUAGUUGAGCCUAGCCAGGAUGGCAGUCUCUAUAUCUUCAGUCCUGACCCGCAUGCGGGCCUGCAGCAGCUCGGUUUGACCGUCAAGGACCUUGUGGACGAGACACCUUACUCCGGAACCGAUCCUGCCGUUACCUAUACCGCUCGCAAAGAAACCACACUAUAUACCAUUGAUGCUCGGACUGGUUCUAUUUUGCGAGUGUUUAGCUCGCGGGGUCCGAUUCCUUCGGGACCGGAGUGCCGCAAGGUUGAUGAUCUGGAUGCCGAUCCAGAGGAUUGUGAGUCCCCUUCGGGGACUUUGGUGUUAGGUCGAGUCGAGUAUGCCGUGGCUAUCCAAAACACCGAGACCGGAGAUCCGAUUUGUACCCUAAAGUACUCCGAAUGGACGACCAAUAACCGCGAUAUGGAUUUACAGAGCCAGUAUAUACAAACAAUGGACCAGAGCCAUAUAUAUAGUAUGCAUGAUGGAGUGGUUCUGGGCUUCGAUCAUUCUCAUAUGGAGCGCCCUCGAUACACCCAACGGUUCUCAUCCCCCGUGGUACGCGUUUUCGACGUUGCUCGCCCAAUCAGUGUUGACAAGACCGACGGACCCAAGCCUCUCAUUCUUCUCUCCCAACCACAGCAACCUCCCGAUCCAGACUACGGCUCCCUUGACGAACGCAAUGACCGCGUAUUCAUUGACUGCACUGAAGGGGGCGGCUGGUAUGCCAUGUCCGAAGACACAUACCCACUUGUCACUGGCAGAGCCAAGGUAGCCCAGUACUAUGAGAAAGACUACUUUCGCCGUGGAGAGCCUCUGAUGAGCUUGACGCCGAGCCAGCAAAGGGAUGCGCUCGCAGGCGUCCACUCUCUCAACAGCCCAAGGAUGCCUCGUCGUCAUAUCCCUAGCAUAUCAGGCUCGCCAUCUGCUGAUUAUUCCAACGAUACUCCGAGGGAAAUCAUCCGUAGCCCGUCAGAGCUGGCUCUGCCACCGGCCUUGCGCCACAGUGCAAUUAUCCGCAAAGGAUGGGACAAUGCGGUCGACAUUUUCGUCGUACUAAUCCUUCUCGUCUUUGGUACAUUUAUCUGGUCCAACACUCACAACCUAAAAGAGCUCGCCAAGCAAAAGAUGGACCUUAAAAACAUCAUCUCCGCGUAUGGGCAAGGGCCGCUGUCUACUCCAUCGACACCAAUUCUCGACUCACAUGGUUUAAAACGAGAGCCUAGCACAGUUCGUUCUGUGAAAAAUGUGACGGUCGAUAUCAACGUAGAGGAUGAGCCUCAAAAUGACGGAGAUAUGACUCCAAAACCGAGUAAAAACCGGAACUCUCUCGUGCCUGACAGUACCCCCAGGGUUCGCAUCCGCGAGCCCUCGCGAGACCCAGAUGGCGACGAUGACGUGGAGGAGCUCUCGCUACAAGAUGCAGACAAACCUGCUAAGAAGAAACGUCCCCGUGGCCGUCGCGGCGGCAAGAGCCACAAACGUGGAUCUAAGAAAUCUGAAGACAGUGUCAAAGAGGACUCCGAUCACGCUGAAAAUGGAUUGCAGCCUACAGCCGGGCUGGCAUUGACCCGUACUGCUUCCAACGAGGUCAUUGAGAUGGAUGGCGUCAUCCAGAUAGGUCGCUUGAAAGUUUUCACAACACACGUUCUCGGUCAUGGAAGCCACGGAACUGUCGUGUACCGAGGCUCAUUCGAUGGACGCGAUGUUGCAGUCAAGCGUAUGUUGGUUGAAUUCUAUGACAUUGCCUCCCAUGAAGUUGGACUUCUUCAAGAAAGCGAUGACCACAAUAACGUGAUUCGAUACUAUUGCCGGGAGCAGGCAGCUGGAUUCUUCUACAUCGCGUUGGAGCUGUGUCCUGGUUCUCUGCAGGAUGUAGUGGAGCGCCCAGGUGAUCAUCCCCAAUUGGUCCAAGGAGGCUUGGACAUGCCGGACAUCCUUCGCCAGAUUGUCGCCGGUGUACGGUACCUUCACUCGUUGAAAAUCGUGCAUCGCGAUCUCAAACCUCAGAACAUUCUGGUUGCUACUCCCCGCGGCCGCACCGGUACCCGGGGUCUCCGCCUUCUUAUCUCAGACUUUGGCCUUUGCAAGAAGCUGGAAGAUAACCAAAGCUCAUUCCGGGCAACCACGGCUCAUGCGGCUGGUACGUCUGGUUGGAGGGCUCCUGAACUGCUUGUGGACGAUGACAAGGAACCGGCAAUGAUGGGCUCCGAGUCUCAGCAUACCGAAUCCUCCGAGCCAGCAGUUGUGGACCCUCAGACCAAUCGACGAGCUACCCGAGCGAUCGACAUAUUCUCUCUGGGUUGCGUGUUUUAUUAUGUGCUCACUCGAGGCUGCCAUCCCUUUGACAAGAAUGGCAAGUUCAUGCGCGAGGCCAACAUCGUCAAGGGGAAUUUUAACCUUGAUGAGUUGCGGCUCCUUGGCGAAUAUGCGUUUGAGGCUGAUGAUCUGAUCCGCUCAAUGCUGUCGCUUGAUCCACGUAAACGUCCCGACGCAAGCGCCGUCUUGACCCAUCCCUUCUUCUGGAACCCCUCAGACCGCCUCAGCUUUCUCUGUGACGUUUCGGACCAUUUCGAGUUUGAGCCGAGAGACCCGCCAUCUGACGCUCUUCUGUGCCUCGAGUCCGUCGCCGAAGAUGUCAUCGGCCCGGAUAUGGACUUCCUAAAACUGCUACCGAAGGAUUUCAAGGACAACCUCGGCAAGCAGCGCAAGUACACAGGCUCCAAGAUGCUUGAUCUCCUGCGAGCGUUGCGCAACAAGCGCAACCACUACAAUGACAUGCCGGAGCAUCUGAAGGCCCACGUUGGUGGGCUGCCUGAGGGCUACCUGAACUUCUGGACUGUCAAGUUCCCAAGCCUGUUGAUGCGUUGUCAUGGGGUGAUUGUUGAGUUGCGGUUGACGAAGAUUGAUCGAUUUAAGAGGUAUUUUACGCCGGUUGAAUAGAUAUGUACAUCAGUGUGUAUGUGUGGAUAGUUUGAAGAUUAUUUAUUGCAUGAAUAUAACUUCUUUUAUGGUC